AUGUCUGCUCCAGAAGAAUCGGCCGCACAGAGAUCUGCCCGUCUCCGUCGCGAACGUCGGGAGGCCAAGAUCAAAGAAGGGGGUACUGCGCGGUUGGACAAGAUCACCAGUAUGAGUGGACGGACGCCGGCGAGUGCCCGUGAAGAUGCGUCGCCGACCCCAGCACCACAGCCAACGAGCCUGACAUCCGCCCCCCGACCGGCACCGACCGUGACUCCUGCUACGGUCAUCCAGGAUCAGCAAUCACCGGAUGACCUCCAGGCGCAACAAGAGUACUUCCGGGCGCUUCUCCGACAAGCCGCCCCUGCGCAGGGACAACAGCAACAGCUGCAGGAGCAAGGAAUUGAGGACGAGGAUCCGGCCGUGAAAUUACUUCAUUCAAUUCUCGCAGGGAACGUACCGGGAUCAGAACAAGGAGGGGCAGGGGCAGGGGGUGCAGAAGGGCCAUCACAGGCCGAUCUGCUGUCUGCACUUGGUCUCCCACCGUUCUUGUCAAGUCUGGUUGGAGCAGCUACGCAGACUAAGUCGGAGACGGAGAAACAAGAGACAUGGGUGUGGAAAAUGGUUCAUGUGGCUUUUGCGCUGGUUAUGGCGGUCUAUGUUUUGGUCGUGAUCGGCACGUCGGUAGCAACCUAUGGCAGCUCCCCUCCACCGCCAGCGACGGCGCGAAAUCCAUUUGUGGUGUUUACGACAGGGGAGAUGGUGUUGAGUGGAGCACGGAUGGCACUCAAGAGCCGACGGGGUGCGAACGGAGGCAUAGGGGUGUGGGUAGAAAUGAUGCGAGAUGCGGUUCGGGAUGGAGCAUUGAUGGUGUUUGUGCUGGGGAUGGGGACAUGGUGGCAGGGGUGGUAA